GCUGGAUAUAUUUGUAAUGGAGGUACUUUGAGUAUGAUCUUCCUCCAGAUAUCAGUAUGAAUUAGGUAUCAUCGCAGAUACGCUAGAAAUGGACCUAUUCAAAGGUCCGCAUAAAAUUUGUCAAAUGACAGCUUACUGGACUUUAACGUCGCCAUGACGGCAUCAACACUCUCCUUCGGCAGUGAGACCGAUAGAAACCGCUCAGCGGUUUGUGUCCAGUACAAAGUCUGGCGGAGGAACUAUCUGCAUUGUUGCAAUCGUGAUUUGUCCAGUCUCAUGUUGAACAGGGGCGGUAGCCUCUCACACAGGAAACGCAUCCCGUUCUGCUUCACCGAAGAGUGAAAGGGUAUCGAAGGACCGGCCCGGAAAUGAGGUACGGCUUUUACCCCAGAACCUGGCUCACGAGACAGCAAAUCUUUCAGCAUGUCAUUGUUCGUCCUUAAAGCUCCUGCUUUUCUUGCUCCUGUCUCCGAUGUUCUCAUCCUCUCAUUGUACUUCUUUACCACUCUGUCCGAACUAAACGGGCAAAGGGAACCGCGAAAUUCGAGUAUUGAUAUUCGUUCCUGGCGGUCGGAGCCACUUGCCCUCGUCGAACUAUUUCGAUUGUGGAUGGUCGGCUGGGGAUGGUCGGCCGGGGAGGAGUGCAUCGAUAGUUCCGAUUACUGGGGCGUCAUUCGCGGAAGGAAAUGAUGGACGUAUUUGUAAAUUCACCCACGGCUCAGAUUCCCUGUUGAUAACUGAUUGUCAACUCGCAUGCAUCCAUGCAUCCCAUCCUGCUAACCAUGUAUGCAGCGAGUGCGCGGCGCCAACGAUACCUUACGAUCGUAGGGUGGUGCGCAUCUGCCGCUGCUGGGACCAUGUUGAUCAUGUUCGACGUCUUGAAUUAGGUUGGGAAACCCCUUUCCUACCUAGGAGUUUGGGUUGGUGAUAAUCCUGCUGUCAAGUCUGGUAAGGGCAUACUCUAGUGUUUGGAGGCAUAAAUGGCAAGCAGCAAGGGAUACAUGCAUGACUUGUAGACCCUGUGAAGCAGGGAAAGUCAUGUGCGAGUAGUCUGGACGACAGUGUCCAUGUGGAUGUUGG